AGCCGGAGCGGAUGCCGGGGGGGAGGCACGCGGAGGCAGAGGUUCCAGCUGUCCCACCACAAGUCAGUCGGACGUCUCUGCGAGCUUCCUACCGUUUGGGGUGGUAAACAAAUACUCUCUUGAGUGGCAAGAGACAGGAAAAUGCCCAAACACAGUAAAGUUGCUACGACAGUGGCCACCCUUCUGGGCACAGCAGUGGGAGGCCUGAUCAUAUGGAAAGUUUUCCAACGCUGGAAGGGGAAAACCAGUUGCACCAGAGAGCGACAGGAAGAAGCUGACAGCCAAGAAUUGGCCCCAACUAAAACAGACCCACUGUUGUCACCCUUGGUUGUUCCUAAUGUCUCACGAGUGGAAAGGAUCCUUGGAGAGAAGGUGGUGACUGUGUCUGAGACAGAGGAAUGGGAAGGAGUUGAGUCCUUACUCAGGAAGGAGUUGAAACAGUGUCCAGUCCUUGGAAUUGACUGUGAGUGGGUGAAUGUAGAAGGCAAAGCCAGCCCUGUUUCACUCCUACAGAUGGCUUCCCCAACAGGCUGCUGCAUCUUACUUCGUCUUCCUAAGCUGAUUUCUGGUAAAGCAGCACUCCCCCAAACCUUAUUGGAUAUCUUGGAAGACAGCAGAAUCUUAAAAGUUGGGGUUGGGUGUCGGGAAGAUGCCAGCAAGUUGCUUCAGGACUAUGAUCUCAUUGUUAGAGGGUGUCUUGACCUCCGAAAUCUAGCCAUGAAACAGAGGAGAGAUUUGCUUCAGAAUGGGCUUAGCCUGAAGUCACUUGCUGAAACCAUACUCAACUUUCCCCUCAACAAGUCUCUUCUUCUUCGUUGCAGUAAUUGGGAUGCUGAAGAGCUUACUGAGGAACAAGUUGCUUACGCUGCUAGGGAUGCCCAAAUUUCGAUUGCUCUUUUUCUUCAUCUUCUUGGAUGUCCUUUGUCUAUGAAUUCAACCAAGAAUGGGGAUGUGGAAACUAGCUGGGAAGAAGUCUUGAUGAAGUGCCAGGACCUUGUGGAUCUCCCUUUCCAUGGUAAAGGAAACAGCAACAGCAUGGGAGAAGAAAGCACAGAGUCCCCAAAGAAGGCAAGAAACCAGAAGUCUAGAGCUGCUGGGAUGUCUUCAGGAAAUCAGCAAGGAAGAGAUCCCAGGAAACAAAAACAGAAGCCCCUGGGCAAGGGCUAUUCUGCAAGAAAAUCUCCCCUGUAUGAUAAUUGCUUCUUACAUGCUCCUGAUGGACAACCUCUUUGCACUUGUGAUAGAAGGAAAGCUCAGUGGUAUCUAGACAAAGGCAUUGGAGAGCUGGUGAGUGAAGAUCCUUUUGUGGUCAAGUUGCAAUUUGAGCCAUCAGGACGGCCUGAAUCGCCAAAAGAUUAUUAUCUGAUGGUUAAGGAGAACCUUUGUGUAGUAUGUGGCAAGAGAGAAUCCUAUAUACGGAAGAAUGUAGUUCCCCAUGAAUACCGGAGACACUUCCCCAUUCAGAUGAAGGACCACAAUUCCCAUGACGUGCUGCUCCUGUGUACCUCCUGCCAUGCCAUUUCAAAUUUCUAUGACAACAACUUCAAGCAACAGCUGGCUAGAGAGUGUGGGGCUCCCAUCGGCUCUGAGGAGGGGCUGCGCUUGCUGGAAGAUCCAGUUCGCCGUCAGGUGCGCUCUGGGGCCAGGGCCCUCCUCAAUGCCGAGAACCUGCCUGCUUACCGAAAAGAAGAGCUCCUGCAGGGAAUCAAGGAGUUCUUUAACACGGAAACCGUCACAGAGCUGAUGCUUCAGGAAGCAGCAAGUUUGGAAACCAGGAUUGCCAAUGAGAGCUAUGUUCCCCACGGGCUGAAGGUGGUACAGUGCCAUGCGAAAGGUGGGCUAUGCUCCCUCAUGCAGCUGGAGAGUCGCUGGCGCCAACACUUCUUGGACUCCAUGAAACCCAGGCAUCUGCCCCAGCAAUGGUCGGUCAACCACAAUCAUCAAAAUCUACUUCGGAAACACGGGGAUAAACUGCUGGUGGAGCUGGCAGGUUAACGUCUCUCCUAUCAAGAGAUGGAGGGAACAGAAGACCUCGGGGCUGUUUGGGGGAGUUGGGGAGGAAGGUGCCUUCCCUUUUUCUCUCUCCCAGUCCCCCAUUUUGGGGCAGCACUAAAUAUCAGAGCUUCCUAUGGUAAAACUCAGAAAAACUAAUCUGCACCUCUUGUAAGCCCCCUUCUGUGGCUGGGCAAGACUUCCUAAGGACGGCGUAAAGUUGGGCAAGGUCAAUCUGUCUUUUCCUUGCUCUUAUUUUAGUGGGCAAGGGAGGCUUUUAUUUGGAUUUUUCUUCCCUUCUUCUUACCUCCUGGAGACAAGAAAUAGAGAAUGAGGGACACCUGCCCAGAGCUUUUAAUCCAUUUAUUCCCACUCUGGUUCCUUGGGUCCUUAUUCAAAGGGGGCUGUCAGGUAUAGAAAGUUGAUCAUUUCACAUUUGAAAGGGAAGAAAAAUCUUUUCCUGAUGGACCCAGAUUCAUGGUUUCCGUGGUUUCAGUCUUGAAGUCAAGCAGCCCAUUCUGAAUGGGCCUCACGCAACCCUUCAGCGUGCCAUAGAGCAAAAUAGUAACUUCUUGUUAACUUAUACCACCCUGGUGCUGGAAGGGAAUUGUUCUUUGGCCAGAAGUCUUUCACUCAGGAGAACAGAAAGGAGGAUAGGAGUCAUGUAUGGCUCCUUGCAGACAUCAGGAAAGAACCUAAAUAAUUUACUCUGCUUUUCUUAUUAUGCUGUUCCCUGCAUGCAUGACCCAGCCAGGUUUAUGAUGCAGUCCUUUUCUGGUAGAGAGACUUCCCCUUUCAGGAUCAAGGCAUGAAGUUUCUGCCUCGUUCCUCAUCCUUCACCCCUGCCCCCAUCUGCAGCGUUGACAUCUUUUUGACCCCUGACUUAUUUGUAAAGCUCUUUGAUCAGGCUGCAAAUGUUUAGAACCCUAAGAUAACUACACGUGAUACUGAUAAGAGUCCAAAAUGCAACUUAUUAAUGAUUAUAUAUUUUUCUAAUUUACCAAGAAAGCUUGUUGUGUGCUUCACUGGCUCCCAGCAGGCUUAGAAAGAAAUAAUGUGACCAGCAUCCAACAAAAAGUGUGAUUUUGUAAUUGUCUCCAUGUUGGUGAUGGUUGCUCUUAACAUUGACAAAUAAAACCUUUUCUAAAUUUAAGGCUAAUAGAGCAUAGAUUUCUUAAUUUUCAAAAAGUUUUUAAGUAAAUUUUGGGGAGUGGGGGAGUUUGAAAUCCAGUCCCGUAGACAUUCACCACAACUGUAUGUGUAUAUACACAUACAAACACUGUUUUAAUAGCAUUAUCUUUCCUUCAGUGCUCACACUUACCUGGACAUUUGCAUCACAAACAAAUGCAUGUUUAUUUUCCCUCUGCAUUUCUGCCUACUUCUGAAUGCAUUCUUUAGCCAUAAAAAGCCAAGCAGGCACUUCUAGGGACAUGAAUGGGAAAGCCUUGAAAAAGGAUAGUGCCCGUCACUCUGACACUUGGUUAACUGAAUAAAUUACUCAGGUCCUCUUACAGUGGGCAUGCUGUCUUGAAUUACUGUGUGGAGAAGAAAGGAAUUGGGAUAGAAGUAAUAACUGGAGGUGCUGGAGAACAGUGAGGAGAUGGACUGAAUUUGUGUUUCUUACCUCCAGAAGGGGUUGAUCCUAGCCAUAGGGAGAGAGAGAGGCUGGAUCUGUAUGCUGUACAACCUCUUUUCUUCAGGACAGUGGUAAUUGCAUAGAUUUGCAGCCCUGAUUCAGUAAGUCUAUCCUGAACCACCUUAGCAACCUGUCAUUAAGAUUGACAUUCCAUCACUCCUGCCUUCAUGACCAAACCAAGUCCUUCAUGAAACAGACUGGGACUUCUUAUCUAGCCCACACAUUUUCCACACUGACAGAAAAGCGCUUAAUGGGAAAUUGUCUCCAUGAUCAUAAUUUUUGUGGAUUCAGAGCUUUUUCUCCUCUCCACUUUAUUCUUUUGUCCCUCCCCCCACCCCCCUACCUCUUCC